AUGUCAGAAUCCUCUGCCAAACGUCGCAAGAUGCGAAAAGGUACCCGCAGCUGCUGGGAAUGUCGUCGUCGCAAGAUAAGAUGUCAAUUCACCAAUGAAGACGACCCGAUCUGUGCCGGAUGCACUCAGCGAGAGACGAAUUGCGUCUCGCAAGAAUAUGUCCCUGCACCUUCUGCCGCACCCCAAGACAAGCGUCUUGCACAACGCCUUGGACGAUUGGAAGAGUUGAUGGAGAAAUUUGUGGAAAAUGAAUCCGAAUCGAGAAAACGGGCGUCUAUACCAUCGCCUUCUGAGUCUGAGGGAGCACCGUCGACAUUGGCACGUUUUACGCAGCGUACUGUUGAUGUCUUUGAGACAUCAGCUGUGGGCAAUGCGGCCCAAAUGACUCUCAACCCAAGCGAUACUUCAAAUCCAGAGGUAAUAAUACGGCAGACAGCAAGGUAUACCUCUCGUUCGGCAAAGGCAACCAACGUCUCUGCUCAGCUUCACGCGCUAUUCCCAUCUCAACAGAUCUUGUAUGCCAUAUCGCAGCGAAGUCCUGGCGCACGCUUCGUCCUUAAUUCGUUCUACUCCCAGCAGGAUCAACUGGACGGAAAACCUGAGCCUCUAUCAGCACUAGCCCAGAUCCCACCGAUUACUAGCCAUCCAUCUAUUCUAGCUAAACGCCUUAUCCAACUGGCUAUAUGCCUGCAACAAAUGCCGACCUUCUUCGACGGGAGUACUUUGGGUCUAAGCAAAUCGCCUCGUGAAACAAUGGAGGAAUGGAUUGCUGUGACGGGAAGACUCGUUACUUCAGACGAUGACUUUGUCGGUUGUUUAGAGGGGUUAGAGUCUCUCAUUCUGCACAGCUUCUACCAGAGUGAUGCAGGGCAUCUGCGGAAAGCAUGGCUAACAUGCCGUCGGGCUCUCAACAUGGCUCAAUUGAUGGGUAUCGACCGAAAAAACGCAAAGAUAAUUCGCUCAGCCGAUCCCGAGUACAACGAGAAGCAUCGUCCUUCACCACCGGUAAUCUGGUUCCGCAUCAAUUGUAACGAUCGUUAUCUCUCUCUCAUCCUCGGCCUCUCGAUCGGUUCUAAGGACAACUGGUUUGCCGAAGAUGACGCUCUCAUCUCCGACGCCCCGAGCGACAAGCUUGGCAAGAUGUACGCCAUGAUAGCUGGCAAGAUUGCCGACCGGAACGACUUGCAAGGCAGCGAGGCAUAUGUUCUGACCCAAUCGAUUGACCUGGAUCUUGAAAAGACACAUUCUCAAAUGGAUGAGAUGUGGUGGAAAACUCCUCACUUGGCUAUCUGCUGCGGAUCAUCUGACGCUUCAGGAGAUGGGAUGGGUGUUAUAAUGCUACAAGUGCGACACUAUACGCUGCUUCUAAUGCUCCAUCUCCCAUAUCUCCUUCGCGAUCGUGGCCAGCGUCGAUAUGAAUACAAUCGCUCCACAUGCAUGCAAGCAAGUCGCGAGAUCCUCGUACGCUUCCUCGAGUAUCGCAGCUGCUUCACUAAAGCUGUGUCGGGUCGUCACGUCGACUACUCGGCUCUCGUAGCAGCCAUGACUCUCCUGUUAGGCUAUCUUGGCUGGCACUGGCCCGGUUACGAAACGGAGAAAGAGCAGGAUAGAGAUCUAGCAGAGCGAACCAUGGAGAGGAUGCAGGAAAUGGGGUCGUUGAACAAUGACACGCUCUGUGUUGAGGCCGCUGAAACGAUCCUUCAACUUUUGCCAAUUGUUCAAAGACAGCCAGGCACAACCGGAGAAAAUCUGCAUCUGCACGUACCUUUCCUAGGAACAGUAAACAUUCACCCGGGGCCAACACCUCCAGCGUCUACAACCAGCAUGAUUGCAUCCAACAGCACCACACCAAGUGGCAACAGUGUUGGAGACGCCAUGUCACAGUUCCCACUUUCCUUCAACCCCCCUUCGUUCACUCAGGACCAAUGCGAAUUACCCACUACAUGCCCCUUUGAAGGAACCUCGCCUGAUGUGGUGAGCUUCAAUUGGCCAUGCUUCACUGCGGAUCCAGAAGAUUGGGCGUUACAGGGUGUCGACACAACGUACUGGAAUAUGCUUAACAAUAAUAUUGUAGGGUGA